AUGAAGAUACUAAACCAUUUCCAUUUGUACGUUAAUAUGGAUCGUCGCUGUAUUCUCAGGCCAUUUGCUAUAUAUAUGGAGGUUCGCAUCUCAAGUGUUGACAUUACCUGGUUAAAGUCCAUUACAAAGUUGCCAAUAUUGAUUAAAGGGGUACUCACCCGUGAGGAUGCCUUGAAAGCGGUUGAAAUAGGAGUUGAAGGGAUCAUAGUCUCAAAUCAUGGAGGUCGCCAACUAGAUUAUGUUCCAGCCACCAUUGUCUCUCUUGAAGAGGUGGUACAUGCAGUUCAAGGACGAAUACCCGUUUUCCUUGAUGGGGGAAUUAGACGGGGAACAGAUGUAUUCAAAGCUUUAGCCCUUGGUGCUCAAGCUGUUUUGAUUGGACGUCCGGUUCUAUAUGGUUUAGCUGCGAAGGGGGAGGAAGGUGUUAGAAGAGUGAUUACAAUGUUGAAGGAUGAACUUGAGCUCACCAUGGCCUUUACUGGCUGUCCCAGUCUUGAGGAUAUUACCAGGAACCAUGUGAAAACGCAAAACGAUGGUGUGAAUUGUGAUGGGUGGUCUUCUCUCAAACUACAGAUCUCUUUCAUUGUAUGCCAUUAUGCCGUUUAAAAAUCAUCUCUGAAGUCGAACCAAAGAUUGCACGAUUUUUACAUUGAUGACUACAGACGUUUGCUAAGAUACAACUUUUGGCAGAGAGGUCAGUCAAAUUUCAAGCCGACGGACCCAAUAACCGUGCAUCUAAAUGGAUAACAAAGAAAUCCAGAUCAAAUAUGAGAAGCAAUUAUUUGUAUGUCCCUUUGUUGGUGAUUUCUGCCAAACUUUUGACUUGUGCACAUAUUCAUCUAAAAGAGAGAACGGGCGACAACCACCAGCUUCAUGGAUGUAGUCAUGUACAAAAGUUUGAGAGACUUAUUAUUUAGUUGGCAAGAAUGUGAAAGAUACUCACAAAUUUGGAGCAUUAUAAGGUUAACUAUUUCAAAAAUAAAA